ACUUCCGCCGCGGCGCUGCCUGUCCACAUCCGCCUCAGUAGCCUCUUCUACUUCCUUCCGGGACUCCGGAGUCGGCGGAGGAUCCGGACCCACCCUGAGCGGCGAAAGGGACAAUAGGCAUCUGGCGAGACCCUGAAUGUGUCGGUGUCCUUGUGCGACUGUGACUGGACACAGAAAGACCGGACAAGCACAUCUAGCUUCCUGUGCUCCCACAUCUACCUCCCUAGGAAUAUUUAAGAUUGAAGGAGGAUAUGACCACGUUGACUCUCCAUCCAGCACACUAACACUCUCCAAACCCUGUUGUGUCGCAGUGCAUGUUUAGCUUGACUCUCUGGAUCCAUGAGGGAAUACAAAGUGGUGGUGUUGGGCAGCGGAGGGGUUGGGAAAUCAGCCCUGACUGUACAGUUUGUUACGGGCACCUUCAUUGAGAAGUAUGACCCCACCAUUGAAGAUUUCUAUCGCAAGGAGAUUGAAGUGGACUCUUCACCAUCUGUACUGGAGAUCCUGGACACAGCAGGGACGGAGCAGUUUGCCUCCAUGAGGGAUUUGUACAUUAAGAAUGGGCAGGGCUUCAUCUUGGUGUAUAGCUUGGUGAAUCAGCAGUCAUUCCAGGACAUCAAGCCAAUGCGGGACCAAAUAGUCAGAGUCAAGAGAUAUGAAAAAGUCCCACUUAUUUUGGUCGGGAACAAGGUUGACCUGGAGUCUGAGCGAGAAGUCAUGUCUACAGAGGGCCGGUCUCUAGCCCAAGAGUGGGGCUGUCCUUUUAUGGAGACAUCUGCUAAGAGCAAGACAAUGGUGGACGAACUGUUUGCAGAGAUCGUCAGGCAAAUGAACUAUGCGUCUCUGCCUGAGAAGCAGGAUCAGUGUUGUACAACUUGCACUGUCCAGUGAGACACUCGGAGGGACCUCAAACAUGGCCAUAACAAGCAGAUAACUCAGAGGAAAUUUGCACAGCACUGGCAUUUGAGGACUUUACAGCCCAGGUUGCAGAUCUGAGCCUUGAUAAACCUGUCUGCACAACAGCACACUAGCCAUACCGGUGAUCGAAUGCUCGGAGAGGGUGUGCGGCUCUCGCACUCGCCCGCCAUCAGCAGCAGCUGUGCUUAGCACGUUUACCAUAAGUUUAAGACAAAUUAUUUUCCUUUCAUCUUUUUUUUUUUUUUUGUCUCCUCCGUUCAUAUUAACAGCUAAUAUGCAACAGUUCAGUCUUGUUCUUAGUUUUUUUUUUUUUUCGUUUUUUUUUUUUAAUUGAUAUAGUUAAGCAUUUUCUAAAACUUAUAUUUAUUAAAUACUUACUCAGUAUUACCUACUUAAUGCCUUUAAAAAAAACCCAAAAUGUUAACGGAGGAUGGUUUGAGCCUUAAUAGAAUGGUUUAGGUAUGUUACCUCGAAUCUGCUCUUAACCCCUUCAGUGCCAGCGGGCCAGCAAAGUGCUGACUAACCCCUCUUACAUUGUAGGCGUUCAUACACUAGAUUUUUAAUUGUUCUUACUCUUUUUUUUUUUUUUUUUUUCCUUCUGAAAGUGGUUGGUGUAUGCUUUUGAGAUUAUGUUUACGUUUUUACAGUGAUCACGUAAAGCUGCUUUAAAUUGGACCUGCCCGUUGGGGUUCCUUUCUUAGCACUGUAGCACAUGCUGUGGAAGAUUCCUGCUGGGUCCAAACUUGAUCUGUGGCCAAGCAAACAAGUUGGCGCACAGGUGCUUGCUGUACCCUCUAACAUCUCCUGAUCAGAAUAUAACAGGGGGGGAAAAAAGUGUUGGAAUCCUCCUAGAGAAUUACAUGGCAAAGCCGGCACUCGGUGUGCGUAUUUUGAACAUAUGAAAAUCCUUAGACUUCUAAUUGCAUCACGGUUAGCCGCCUGCGUACUUGGACGGGCUUAGGCAGGCACCCAGUGGUUAAAACACAAAUGUUUAUUUUGCUCUCGUCUUGAUUUUUAUUUGUAAUGCUUUUAUUUUUCCAAAUCCAUUGUCCACCUGCUUUAUACUAUUACUUAGGUAAGAGAUGUUAACCUGUGUGUCUCUUAAUAUUACUUCAAACCAUUUUCCCCUCUUCCCACCUGUACACAUAAGUCUAAUGCAAAUAAAAUGAUUUUAUGUUUUCUAGUUUAUAA